AGGAGGAUCACAUCAGUCCGCAGGUCACCUUCUCCUCCUCCUCCUCCUCUCUUCCUCUCUGCUUCUCUCUGCUCCUCCUGGCCCGGAUCGGCACGGCACGCUUUCCUCUGGACCAGGACACACAGCGGACUCUCAGACCGGGGACAGGGCCUGAAGGAUCCGUGUUCCGGCUGCGGGCUCCCGUCAUGCUGGGCGCGGUGAAGAUGGAAGGCCACGAGGCUCCGGACUGGAGCGGAUACUACAGCGAGGAGAUGUACUCUCCGAUGGCGGGCGGCGGGAUGGGUUCUGGUCUCGGGAUGGGAUCCAUGUCGGGAUACAUGUCCAGCAGCGGGACCACGUCGGGUUCCUUCAACAUGUCAUACAGCGGGACCGGUCUGAGCCCGGCCCCCGUUGGGGGGAUGAGCAGCUCGGCUCAGGUGGCGAUGUCAGGUCUUGGAGGGGGCGUGGCCUCGAUGGGCGGGGCUCUGAGCCCGUCCAGUAUGAGCUCUGUGUCGGCCCAGCAGGCCUCCAUGGGUCUGAACCCGUACGGGGGCAUGAGUCCCGCCAUGAGCCCCAGCAUGGCGUACGGCGGCGGCGGACUGAACCGCGGCCGUGACAACAAGGCGUUCAGACGGAGCUACCCUCACGCCAAACCGCCGUACUCCUACAUCUCGCUCAUCACCAUGGCGAUCCAGCAGGCGCCCAGCAAGAUGCUGACGCUGAGCGAGAUCUACCAGUGGAUCAUGGACCUGUUCCCGUACUACCGGCAGAACCAGCAGCGCUGGCAGAACUCCAUCCGGCACUCGCUGUCCUUCAACGACUGCUUCGUCAAGGUGUCGCGCUCGCCGGACAAACCGGGUAAGGGUUCGUACUGGACCCUGCACCCGGACUCUGGGAACAUGUUCGAGAACGGGUGCUACCUGCGGCGCCAGAAGAGGUUCAAGUGCGAGAAGAAGAUGUCGCCUAAAAGCGACGGCAGGAAGGAGCAGGGCGGAGGAGGGGGCGGAGCUUCUCCCUCCGGGGACGCCAUCAAACCCUCAGGACUCCUGGACUCCUCCUCCCUGCCCUCCUCCAGCCAGGCCUCUCCUCCCGGCAUGGACCUGAGGGGGGGCGCGGGGUCGGACCUGAAGGUGUCAGGCUCUCAGCUCCUGUCCUCCCUGUCCUUGCCCCCCCACGCCAUGGCCCACGAGUCCCAGCUGCACCUGAAGGGGGACCCGCACUACUCCUUCAACCACCCGUUCUCCAUCAAUAACUUAAUGUCGUCCUCGGAGCAGCAGCACAAACUGGACCUGAAGGCCUACGAGGCGCUGCAGUACUCCUCCUACGGCGCUGGGGGGGCGGCAGGCCUCGGGGGAAGGACCAUGGAGUCUCUGGAGGCCUCGUACUACCAGGGGGUCUAUCCCAGACCGCUCCUCAACACCUCAUAGUAGCUGCUGCACUUCCUGUUUGGACUCUUACUCUCUGCAUGCAGCCGUCCUGGACUUCCUGUCUGACUGUGAUGAUGCUGAACCGGAUCGACCCGCCGCUGCCGGUCUGCUGGUUUCUGAACUCCUGCACUGUGACCAAAACCAGGACACAAAGAGACUCUCAGCUGUUUAAACUGAUCCCAGGUCUGUGUUCUCCUUUUACACACGAGUCACAAACAAACAGCGCGUUACCCAGACCCCCACUCAGACCAGGACCCUCAGCCGGCCCUGAUCCAAGAGGAGCGUCCGUGUUGAAUGGCUCUGUAGGAGGUUUGGUUUUAUGUCCGCAGUAUUUGGUCUCUGCAGGUUUACAGGACUCAGAGUAGACCCCAUGUCUCAGAAACUCAGAGUCCACGCGUGGCCCCUCAGAGGGCCGUGAGCCACAGGUUGAGACUCUCUCAGAGCUGAACGGAGGCUGAUUUAAUAAUUCAGGAGUUUCUGUCGGAGUCCGGUCUGAGGUUUUGUGUCCUGAUGAGUUAAAGGUCAAAGGUCACCGCCGCCUCUGAUGGUGUGGUCGUCACGGCGACAGAUUAAGAUUAUAAUUUGUGUUUCUGAUCAAAAAUAUGACGAACGUUUAUUUCUCCCACGACCCCGUCUGACCCCGGGACGACCCGCUGAGGGGUCACGACCCUCAGAUACACACACACACACACACACACACACACACACACACACACACAGAUCAGAGGGCUUUUCAUUUAAAGGGUCACUUCACUCAAAUGAGACGGACACACGAUGACCCGCCUCCCAGUGUCAGACCAGAGACCAG